AUUGACACAAGGGUUUUGGCUUUUUUGUCCUUCUUCCCCACUCCGAUUUAAACCCUUUCUUAAGUUUAGAAUACAGUAAAUAAAUUGGAGGCUAACUAGUUGGCUUGCUACCUUUCUAAUGGUUAAAACCUUGGCCGUCUCUUGUGUCCCUGCAGUGAUCCUAUAGCCUGCAAAUUAGUUGAGCAAUGUGAUGUAAACAAAGAAUAAUGGGAGUGUAAAGGUGACUAUAGGGGUGUUAUUUCAUGUCUACAGGGCUCUAAUAAUGUUAAAGAUUGUAUUUACAAAUUCAUAAACUGGUUUUCUAUGCUCUAACUAUGAAAAUGUUGCAUUUACUAAUACUGAAUCCUACUUCACAGAAAUUCACUUAUCGUGGUUAGUUCUGGAACCAGUUAAAAGCUACAAACAAGGGAUGACUAUUUGUAAAAGAAAUUUAAAAAAAACAGCAAAAAUGUAUGAAGUAAGGAGAAAAAGUUCAGAAUGCACUUUGUCACCGAUAACACACAGCUAAGAUGCAAGCUGUUUUUCUUUUUCUGUAAAUAUAAAAAACAUAUCUGCAUAUGUACUUGGGUUGCUUUAAAUUAUGUAAAAGUAUUUCCUCCAGCAUUUUAAUAGGAUUUUGUACAAAAAAAUGCACUCUUAAUGAGUAGAAAAAAAGAUUUUUUUGGGUAGGUGGGUUUGUUUUAAAAAAUAAUAGACCGUCACUCUGACCUUGUAACCAGUGUGGAAUUAAAAGUAAGUGUUUUUGUAGCAAAACACAGCGAUUUAAGCCGGCAUGGCAGCCAUUUUGGCUAAAUACUGGAAAAGAGUACAGCCUGAAUGUAUUAUUCCAUUAACACCUCCCACCCCGCAAUGAAGAAAUUGUCACACAUCAGUUGCAGUGAAAAGUAAGCAGAUUUAUUCAAAGGGCCAAAAAUGCCAAAUUGGCUUCUCUCUCUAAGAAUAAUUCUGCCAUUAUUCCCGAGGGAAAUCAGCCGUUGAUUAAAAGUUUCUUCAUUUGCUGGCCCACUUUUACUGCAUUAUUGCGUGUGUUUUUCUGCAUUAGGGCGCAUUCCAGGUGCUUGCGCACGUGUUAUUUCAUGGAAAGCGUUCUGAGGGAUGCUGCUCGUCUUGCUGCACGUAUGUGUGCGCGCGCUACCCAGGUUACAUAAUGUAACUUUUAUGUGUGUGUUUAUGUGCUGUACGUACGUGUGCAAACAUAUGUUGUGUCUCCCUUCUGAGCCAAACAGGGUCGUCCCUGAGAUGGCACCUUUUCCAGGAAUAACACCUCCAUGGAUGUUUCAUGUCGGGCCCGUCGGAACUCCCUUAGUCCUGUACGGUCUCCCUUCCUUCUGCUGGCUUCAGUGUACUUGGCCGUCGCCCUCCCUUCCUCCUUUGCCGCCACCAUGACGCUCACGCCACCGCUGAUCCUGGUCCUGAUGCUCGGCCUCACGGGCGCCCAGGCCACCGUCGACCUCCGCACGGCCGCCGCCAUGGCGGCGGGUCUGUGCAAGACCCGUCCCACAGACCUGGUGUUCAUCGUGGACAGCAGCCGCAGUGUCCGCCCCUCCGAGUUUGAGCAGGUUAAGGUCUUCCUCGCCAAGGUCAUCGAGGGCCUGGAUGUGGGGCCCAACGCCACCCGCGUGGGCGUGGUCAACUACGCCAGCCGGGUCAAGAACGAGGUGUCUUUGAAGACUCACCGCACCAAGGCGGGGCUCAUCAAGGCCGUGACCAAAGUGGAGCCUCUGUCUACAGGCACCAUGACAGGCCUGGCCAUCCAGUUUGCACUCAACGUGGCUUUCAGUGAGAGCGAAGGUGCCAGGGUCAAAUCUCCUGACAUCAGCAAGGUGGCCAUCAUCGUGACUGACGGGCGUCCCCAGGACAAUGUCAAGGACGUCGCCCAGCGCGCCCGGGACGCCGGCAUCGAGAUCUUUGCCAUCGGCGUGGGCCGUGUGGACAUGAGCACGCUGAAGCAGAUGGCCAGCGAGCCCCUGGACGAUCACGUGGACUACGUGGAGAGCUACAGCGUCAUCGAGAAACUGACCAAGAAAUUCCAGGAGGCCUUCUGCGUGUCGGACUUGUGUGCCACUGGGGAUCAUGACUGCCAGCAGGUAUGCGUCAGCUCCCCCGGAUCGUACAAGUGUGCCUGCAAAGAAGGCUUUACCCUCAUGGACGAUGGUCGCAGCUGCAGUGGUGAGUGUGUGAUGAUCCGAGCAGGGCACAUCAGCCACAAGGGUAAUGUGCGUGCGUGUGUGUGUGUGUGUGUGUCACCAGCUUGCAGCAACUCGGCCACAGAUGUGGUCUUCCUGAUUGACGGCUCCAAGAGUGUGCGUCCGGAGAACUUUGAGCUGGUCAAGAAGUGGAUCAACCAGAUUGUCGACAAACUGGAUGUGUCAGACACCAAAGCUCACGUUGGACUGGUGCAGUACUCCAGCUUGGUCAGACAGGAGUUCCCUCUGGGCCGCCACAACAACAAGCGGGACCUGAAGGAGGCGGUGAAGAAGAUGGCCUACAUGGAGAGGGGGACCAUGACGGGACAAGCCCUCCGCUACUUGACCGACAAAAGCUUCAGCGUGGGUCACGGGGCCCGGCCCGGGGUCUCCAAGGUGGGCAUCGUCUUCACGGAUGGCCGCAGCCAGGACUACAUCGGGGACGCCGCCAGGAAGGCCAAGGAGAUGGGCUUCAAGAUGUACGCCGUGGGCGUAGGCAAUGCUGUGGAGGACGAGCUGAAGGAGAUCGCCUCGGAGCCCACCGGGGAGCACUACUUCUACACCGCCGACUUCAAAGCGAUGACGCAGAUCGCCAAGAAGCUGCAAAUUAACAUCUGUCAAGAGGAGGACCCAUGUGAGUGCGACUCCCUGGUUAAGUUCCAAAAGAAAGUAGAAGAAGCUCUGCAGGCGCUUACCAGGAAAAUAGAGAAUAUGUCCAAGAGGAUUGCUUUGUUGGAGAACAAAAUCGUCUGAGGACUCGCUCAAUAAAGACGCACUCACCUACACACACCAUUUACUUCUUAUAUGAAGAGGAAUGUAUGUAUGUGUGUAUGCUGACCUGUUUGUAGCCUCAAAGACCACCUCUCACUCCUCCUCAGUUUGUCCUCGUCCACCCUCGGCCUCCUGGGAAACAAAGCGCCGGUUGCCAUGGAGACUGAGAGUGAUGGUCAUCCUCCACAGCCGGCGUGUGCGUUUGUUAAUAAGUCUUCCCUCAUAGGGAAACAGUGGAAAAAAAAAAGCCAGAGGUGGUCCCAGUCUUCUCUUGUUUGCUUUUUAUCUGUCGACCCUUCUUCCCUCCACAUCAACGCUUCUUCUUGUAUGUAAAAUACAAGAAAAUGAAUAUAAGAUAUGUCUAAUAAUAAGGGUGUUUGUUUAUUUUCCUAAAUAAAGGUGAUUCAGGAAGUA